AUGUCCAGUGAAUCAGACAAGCAUUCUUCCAUGGAAGAACCUCUCUACGAUCUAGACAUACGAUCUGACCCUCGCGUGCAAUGGAUCAAGGAACGUAUCCUCAAAUUUAUUGGCAUGAACGAUGAGGACCUAUUCUAUAAUAUGCUGGACGAGGGCGAUGCUAAGCAGAAACUGAUGACAUUCAUUAUGGCUCCAGUGUUGCCAAAUGAACUGGGACUUGACAAGAAGACGUUUUAUGUGUCUAAAAUUAUUGUGGACAAGCUCAUUCAUGAGGAUAAGGAGUUUACUGAGUGGAGGGUAGUUCCACCCCCACCACCGCCUCCGCCACCACCGCCAAAGAAGAAGAAAGGCAAAAAGGGCAAAGGAGCAUCCGAAGCUGAACCAGAACCGGAGCCGGAAGUAACCGCGAAGAGCAUGAAAAAGGAAGCCGAAGAAUUGGAAAAGGAAGAGAUAGAAACAGUGGCUGCUGUAACUGAAGUCAGUGAGAGUGAAAUGGAAACGAAAACAUCAAUAGAUUUACGUCUAGAGGAAGAAGAAAUGCCACUUGUAGCCGAGGAUUCAUAUACCUUCCCGCCACCACCGGAGGAUCUUGAUCCAGAAAUUGAUGGAACAUUAGAAUUUUACACAGUUAUUAGAUCAGUACCACGUAUAAUUCAAUAUCCAAAACUAGUUCCAAUAUUCGGAGCUUUCACUCCACAAGUGGCGAAUCGCAAUCGUCGAUACAUAUAUUUUGUGCGGCAAACUCAAGAGGAGAUACCGCUUCUUGAAACAGAAAGACUCACAAAGUUGAAAAUGUCAGAAUAUAUUUUGUUGGGUUCAGUUAAUGGAAAGGUUUUGAUGAGUUUGGGAUUACAGUUGAAAGAGGCAUACAUACCACUAUUCGAGAGGCAAUUUCGAGAAAUAAGCACAAUGAAUGCGCAAUCCUCGCACGCCAUGCUGUCCAGGCAAAUAUCAUUUGCUGGCGAACACCAUAAAAUGGAUGAAACUGCAUCUGAUGUUAAUUAUCUGCGGCCUUCGGAUUACAGAAGGAUGUCUAAUAUUGCUCGAGGAGAAAAUGCGGAAAGGCGAAUGAAAAAUAUGCGUUCUGAAUCCUUUACACAUACUCAUAAACAUAGUAUAACAAGGCCAACAUCUUCAAUUACAGCACAUAUGACGUCAUCACUGGAUAUACCAUUGACGAAAACAGCUAAAAGCUCACAGAAAGCGGACAAGCAAAAGACUACGGCGGAAGAAGUUAUCUCUGAUAUAAGCGAACUCGUUUCUAUUGUUGAUUGGACAAUAGAACACAUAGAGGGUGAGAUACAACUGCCAAUGCCAAAUAUACCAGCACUAACAGAGCCGCAUGCGCAUAUCGAUGUUAAUGAUCCGGAAUUUGUAGCUCAGUUGGAAGAGGCGGUUAUUAUGUGGCAGACGCAUAUAGAUUCCACGAUAUCUGCCUGUUUGGGAAAGACACGAGAAGGAGAAGGACCGGUGGCUGAGUACAAGUACUGGCGUGAAAGAGAUGCAGAAAUUUCCUUACUUGUGGAGCAAUUGAAGCAACCAAUGGUAGUGAAGAUUAUGGCUUUGCUUGAAAAAGCCAACUCUACUUAUUUAGAGGGCUUCAACAUUUAUAAGGAGAGAUUGCUAGAACAAUAUAAUUUAGCAGGAGAUAACUUGAAAUUCCUUUCCACGUUGAUGAGAUUCUUUACUGUAAUAGAAGACGACUCACCACUGCAGCAAGUGAUAGAUAUAUUGCCGGAACUAGUGGAGAGUAUCUACAUGAUGUGGGUGCUCUCCAAGGGUUAUCGGACAGAUGAAACUAUGGUGCCCUUGAUGGCUCGGAUAUCCUGGGCUUUGUGCGAUAAACUGGAACGAUUCCUUAAUGUGCAUAAGUUGUUUGAUAAACCAAAUGAAGAAGUGCUCUCACUGGCCCGCGCCGGUCAAAAGAUAAUGGAGACAUGGCACGCGCUGUACAAGGAGACUCGGCGCGGCAUCGAGCUGAGCGGGAAGGGCGCGCGCUGGGAGUUCGACCAGCCGCUGCUGUUCACGCGCACAGACUAUAUCGGCACCGUGGGACGCGACUUGGGCGAUGCUAUACAGGUGCUAAUAGACUUCGAGCGUAUAUUCGGUAUGGAGCUCAAGUCCAUUAUCAGCGAUCCGACUCAAAUCGACGACGUUCGGAAACGUGUCAAGAAUCUCGUCUAUCCAAUACGGACGAUCGACUUUAGCGUGUUUGUGUUUGACAAUAAGGAAAAUUGGGACGUGAUCAUGAGCGAUUUCUGGACCGAAGUGCGUUACCUUGAGGAGGAGGCUAAGAACUAUAUUAAUGCGUGUUUCAGCAAUUUGCGAAAUGCGGAAGAGGCUCUAGACGUCCUAUUAAAGUUUAUAGAGUUCGACUUGCGAGAUACGAUAAAACGUCAGCUCGCAACGAAGUUCGACCUCGUUAUGCGACAGUUUAUCAAGGAAUUGACCGCCAUUGAAGACAAAUUUACGCGGUUUCGUAAAAACCCACCCUUGCUACGUAAUCAUCCACCAGUCGCUGGCGCGAUCUACUGGGCAAGAGCGCUCUUUAAUAAGAUGAAACAACCGAUCAUGAAGUUUCAAAAGAUAGAAAAACUUAACGAAUGCGAGCAAAAGAAAGAAGCUUUCCUACAAUAUAAAGCGUUCUCGAAGCUAAUCAAGGAGUACGAACAGACGAAGUACAAGGAAUGGGUCGAUGGUGCGUCGCUCUUUGUGGACAACCUGAUGAAGAAGAAUAUACUCCAUGUUGUUUUUAAGAAGGAGGAAGAAGCAGCACCAUCUGCCCAACGCGGUAUGCAACUGACAGCAGCGGGAAAAGCACACGUCGCUAGAAAGAAGGCCUCAGUUCUAUCUCUCCGGCCUGUUGAUAUUGUUAACAAGGAGAUUGCGGAUAAGCGACGGAGGGAUAAAGCGUUAAUGUUGAUGAGAAUACCAGGACAGCAUUAUGAAAAUGUACGCUCACCAAGUUCUAUGUCUCUACUGGCUAAAGAAGGAUUGACUGAUGUCACAUGGCGAGAUUUAACCGUCCACAAACUUAUGCAGGAGUAUGGUCUCGAAUUUCAGCCCAAUUUCGAUAAGCACAUAUUUUUGGUAAUUCAUGAAGCAGAGUUAAUGGAAAAAUUAGGAUUCGACCUUCCCUCCAACAUUCGGGACGUUGCUAUGCAAAAGGCGAGAUUAUACUAUGAACUAGAAGCGUUAGGUAUAAUCAUUGAGAAGUACAACAUCAGUACAACUUCAUUGAGUCCAUCAGAGACACAUUUGAUGAAGAGGCAUUUAUUGGACAUGGAGAGACAUAUCCUGCCUGGUCUGACGAGGAUAACUUGGACUGCGUUGGGCAUUAAUGAUUAUAUCAAAGAUAUUACUAAAGGCCAAAACUCGCUACAGGCGGUCUACCAACAAUUGAAAAUGGUGGAGAAAGAGAUUCAAUUUCUCAUUGAUCAGUUGCAAGAAUUCGAUCUAUUCCCAUUUGUGAAGCCGACGAAUUAUAUCGAUCCAGUGACUAAAGAACCUGAUGAUACUUGGCUUUAUCCUUGCAAAACAUACUUUGUCGAAGUUGAAAACGAACGUCUAGAAAGAAUUGCUAUGUUAUCACGCAUAUAUGAACGUAUUGGUCCUAUCCUAAUGAAACUGGAGUAUUUAAUCCUGGGAACAAGUACAGGACGAUCUGCAGUUAUGACGGCGUAUUAUACCUACUGGGAAAAGAAGAUAUUUAAGUGUUUGGUCACGCUAACACUAGAAAACUUAGAGGCUUUCCAACAGUCCCUCAGCGAGAAGACGCCGCUGUUCCAAGUGGAUGCUGUACUGGUUCCACCAGAUAUUACCAUGCGACCCACUCCUGCUGAAGUUUGCAACAUCCUUGGAUAUAAUAUUAAGCAUUUUUUGAACAGAUUAACAGCAUUCCCUCGCUGGAUGAAGAACACGUGUCUUCCGUGUCCACCACAACGAGUGGCUGAAGCGACCGGCAAUGAAUUUUACGUGUUCUCAUACUUUGAGGAUGUGCUGCGGGUGGUUUCUAUUAACGAUAUGACGCUACUCAUUCAAGACACGAUCUAUCGGCUUACGCAAGAUAUUAAUACGUAUAUUCAGAAGUGGCAUAAAUACCAACACCUAUGGGCAUUCGACAAACAUCUAUCUUGCGAGAAAUAUAUCCAAAAACACGAACAGAUCCACAAAUACGACGAAAAAUUCUUUUUCUUUGAAGACAUAAUAGCUGACUUGCACAAUCAUGUUAAAUUUGUUGACGUUGGAGCGAUAAGAGUUAAUUUACGGCCAAUAAUAAAACAAGUACAGGAUCAUGCGCAGGAAUGGAAGAAUAUCCUGGGACAUUGUAUUGCCGCGAAAACUAGAAUGAAUAUGUAUGACUUGAAAAAUCAAAUAGAGGGAUUGGAAGAUUUCAAACUAGUAAUGGCUGCAAUUGCUCAAGUGGCUCAAUUGACUAUUACAGCCGAAGUUAAGUACAGAGGAAUGCAAGAGAUAUUCAAUAUGUUGAGACAACAUAAUAUAGAUGUUUCAGACGAUGAUAUCGAGUUUGCUAAAAACCUAGAAAGUUCCUGGGGGUCUCUGUGCCAAACUUCACUAUUCCGAGGCAAUACCCUCGAGCAGACAAAGGAAAAAUUCUCUAAACUAAAUGUAGUCGAAAUAUCUAACUUCCUAAAAGAGUUGGACGACUUUGUUGAAAAGUUCGACUCUGAAGGACCAGCUACUGUUGGCGAUGAUAUGGAUCGAGGAUUGAUAUUGAUGGAGGAAUAUACUAAACACUUCGAUGAACUUGAAAAUCGUAAAAAAAUGCUACAAGCGGCGGAACAAUUAUUUGACAAUCCAUUAGCUGAUUUCUCCAACUUCAACCGAGCUAAAACAGAUUUUCAAGCAAUGGAACAAGUGUAUAAAAUAUACAAAGCGCAGAAGAAUGCGCGAGAGUUGUGGGCGAAGACGUUGUGGGUUAACUUGAACCCUCAAGCAUUAGUAGAUGGAAUUGAGCAGUUCUUCAAAGAAUACAGAAAACUACCAAAAGCAGUGCGUCUAACGUCAACAGGUCUCAUGCUUGAUCUGAAGAUGAAACAAUUUAAGGGUGUUGUUCCGCUCAUGGUGUCGCUGAAGAACGAGGCGAUGAGAGAGCGCCAUUGGAAGGAACUCAUGGCUAAGACUGGUCAGACAUUCGAUAUGUCUCCCGAACGAUUUACCUUGGAGAAUAUGUUCGCUAUGGAAUUACACAAAUACCAAGAUGUCGCUGAAGAAAUCGUCAACCACGCUAUCAAGGAGCUAGCAAUAGAACGCGGUGUGCGUGACGUCCAAGAGACAUGGGCUAACAUAGCGUUCACGGUCACGCGACACUUCAACCGAGGCGAGGACCGCGGCUACACGCUCAACCCGUGCGACGAGAUUACGGUCAAGCUGGACGAUGAUGCUAUGUCGCUGCAGAGCAUGGCAGCUUCACAAUUCAUCGGCCCAUUUCUUACAGUUGUUCAGACAUGGGAACGCCGUCUUUCAUUAAUAUCAGAAGUAAUUGAAGAGUGGAUGGCGACUCAGAGAAAAUGGUUAUAUUUAGAGGGGAUAUUUGUUGGUGGUGAUAUAAGGACACAAUUGCCUGAAGAGGCGAAGAAAUUUGAUGAUAUUGACAAGAAUUUUAGGAAGAUUAUGCUGGAUACUGCAAAGAGGCUAAACGUCGUAGACUGCUGCACAAUAGGUGGCAGAUUGGAGGAAUUCAUAAAUUUGGGAUUAGGAUUACAAAAGUGUCAAAAGUCAUUGAACGAGUACUUGGAUUCAAAACGCAGAAUUUUUCCCCGGUUCUUCUUUAUAUCGACGGAUGAGCUUCUAUCCAUUCUAGGUAGUAGCGAAUGUAGCUGUGUACAGGAACAUAUGAUAAAGAUGUUUGAUAACAUAAGAGCUCUGGAUUUAUACGUGGAUCAUACAAAUCGACCAGUUGCAGCCAAAAUGAUUUCUGCUGAAGGCGAGAUAAUGGAUUUCCGAUAUGUCGUCUACACGGAAGGCAGAGUUGAAGACUGGAUGAAUCUAGUGCUUAAAGAAAUGCGAAGAACCAACAAGUUUAUCACCAAAAAGGCAGUCUUCUACUACGGAAAGAAUUGGCGAGUACCAAGAACGGAAUGGAUUAUGGAGUACAUUGGCAUGGUGUGUUUAGCUGCUAAUGGCAUAUGGUGGACCGCUGAAACUGAAGAAACUUUCAUAAGAAUAAGGAAAGGAAAUAAACGGGCUAUGAAAGAACAUCUAGAGCAGCAAAACGAACAGCUAGAUGGAUUGGUUGUUAAAGUCAGACAAGAUCUAUCAUCAAACGAUCGUCUCAAAUUCCGCACAAUAACAACGAUCGAUGUGCACGCUAGAGAUAUCAUUGAGGGUUUCGUGAGGGACAAUAUCACGGAAGCUUCCGAGUUUGAAUGGGAAAGCCAACUUAGGUUCUAUUGGUUGAAGAAAGAUGACAAUCUCUGGAUUAAGCAAUGCACUGGUGUCUUCGAAUACGGAUAUGAAUACAUGGGACUGAACGGACGGUUGGUGAUCACUCCGCUAACUGACCGAAUAUAUUUGACCAUCACACAGGCUCUAACUAUGCAACUCGGAGGAGCACCAGCUGGCCCCGCGGGCACGGGCAAAACAGAAACCACGAAGGACCUAGCCAAGGCACUUGGUCUACUCUGCGUAGUGACCAACUGUGGCGAGGGCAUGGACUUCCGCGCGGUGGGACAGAUCCUCGCGGGGCUGUGCCAGUGCGGGGCGUGGGGUUGUUUUGAUGAGUUCAACCGGAUUGAUAUCAGCGUGCUGUCCGUCAUAUCCACGCAGCUGCAGUGCAUACGGAGCGCACUGCUGAUGAAGCUCAAGCGGUUCACGUUUGAAGGACAAGAGAUCGAUAUGGACAGCAAAGUCGGUAUCUUCAUCACCAUGAACCCGGGCUACGCGGGCCGCACUGAACUGCCGGAAUCUGUGAAAGCGCUGUUCAGACCUGUUGUGUGCAUUUUACCCGAUUUGGAAAUGAUUUGCCAGAUAUCACUCUUCUCUGAUGGAUUCUUGACAGCGAAGGUUUUGGCAAAGAAAAUGACAGUCUUAUACAAAGUGGCGCGGGAGCAACUAUCAAAACAAUCCCACUACGACUGGGGUCUCAGAGCACUGACUGCAGUGUUGAGAAUGGCGGGUAAACUUCGACGAGAUUCACCUGGACUUAGCGAAAUUAUGGUGCUUAUGAGAGCACUCAGAGAUAUGAACCAUCCAAAGUUUGUUUUCGAAGAUGUACCGCUGUUUCUUGGUCUAAUAAAAGAUUUAUUCCCUGGACUGGAAUGUCCCCGCGUUGGUUAUCCAGACUUCAAUACGGCAGUCGUGGAAGUUUUGGAAAAAGAUGGAUAUAUUGUUCUACCGCAUCAGGUUGAUAAAAUAGUGCAAAUGUACGAAACAAUGAUGACGAGACACUGCACGAUGCUGGUUGGACCUACUGGCGGAGGGAAAACUGUGAUAUUACAGACAUUAGUCAAGGCACAAACUAAUUUGGGACUACCAACUAAACUAACGAUUGUUAAUCCGAAGGCGUGUUCGGUGAUCGAAUUGUAUGGAAUUUUAGAUCCAGUAACAAGAGACUGGACUGACGGUCUUUAUUCAAAAAUAUUUCGAGAAAUGAACAGACCAGCAGAAAAGGACGAGCGCCGCUAUUCCCUCUUCGACGGCGAUGUAGAUGCACUCUGGAUUGAGAACAUGAACUCAGUCAUGGAUGAUAACAAACUGCUCACACUCGCUAAUGGUGAACGAAUCCGACUCGCGCCAUAUUGUGCUCUGCUGUUUGAAGUUGGUGACCUGAACUAUGCGUCUCCGGCGACAGUGUCUAGAGCUGGUAUGGUGUUUGUGGACCCGAAGAAUUUGGGAUACGAGCCGUAUUGGAACAGAUGGCUCCGUGGUAGAAAUAAUGAGGAGGAACGCGAGCAAAUGGCAGGUCUCUUUGAACACUACGUGCCGGGCGCUAUCAAUUACAUCGUUUUUGGUCUAUUCGGUCUGCAGCAGCAGACACCGUUGAAAACCAUUGUACCGCAGACACCGCUCAACUUGGUUGUCCAGCUCUGCUAUAUGAUCAGCGGUCUUCUACCAAACAGGGAGGAUAGCAACGAGGAAAUAGACAGAACGGUCGUCGAAUGCGUGUUUAUGAUUUCGAUGUACAAUAGCCUUGGCGCGGCGAUAGUAGACAAUGGCCGCAUGGACUUCGAUAACUACGUGAAGAAGGCCUGCCCCAUGAUGCUGGUUGAAGACACCACCGAGAAGAAGGCCACCACGAAACACUUUCCCAUGGGUUUCCCCACACUAUACGACUACUGCCUCGAGCUGAACACGAAGACGUGGGAGGCGUGGGAGUGGCUCGUGCCGCAGUACGAGCACGACCGCGACAUGCGCUUCUCCGCGAUCCUCGUGCCCACCGUGGACACGUUAAGACUCACGUGGAUCAUAAAGAUUAUGGAGAGUGUGGAAAGGCCAGUGCUUCUAGUUGGUGAUACGGGAACAUCUAAAACAGCAAUCAUCACGAAUUAUUUACGAGGCUUACCCCCAGAGAAAUACAUAAUCCAACAAAUGAACUUCUCGUCCCGGACCUCGUCCAUGGACGUGCAGCGCAAUCUGGAGUCGGUCGUGGAGAAGAGGACCAAGGACACCUUUGGUCCACCGGUCGGCAAGAAGAUGCUGGUCUUUAUUGAUGAUAUGAACAUGCCUAUAGUAGACACAUACGGAACACAGCAACCCAUAGCACUGCUCAAGCUAUUAUUCGAACGGAAAGGUUUCUAUGACAGAGGCAAGGAUUUGAACUGGAAGAACUUGAAGGAUAUAGGGUUCCUAGCGGCCAUGGGGAAGGCUGGCGGUGGUAGAAAUGAUGUGGACCCGCGCUUCAUAUCGAUGUUCUCGGUAUACAACCUACAGUUCCCCUCGGAGGCGACGCUGCAGCGAAUCUAUGUGUCGAUCCUCCGCGGACACUUUGCGAUCUUCCCGGAGGACGUGCAAGAUAUCGUCGACAAGAUUGUGCAGAUGACGCUCGAUCUAUACAAGAUAAUAAUUGUGGACCUGCCGCCCACGCCCGCCAAGUUCCACUACAUAUUCAACCUGCGCGACCUGUCCCGCGUGGCGGCGGGGCUCUGCCUCACGCACCCCAACUACUUCGGGGAGCGCCGCGCUGUCGUGCGCUGUUGGAGAAACGAGUUCACACGGGUCAUUUGUGACCGGCUUAUUAGUGUACAGGACAAUGAACUAAUGCGUGGGCAUAUACAAGAGCACGUCGCAAAGUACUUCCCAGAAGAGGAACCAGUUGUGCUCGAAGAGAUCGUCGUUCCUGAAGAGGAGGAGCCCACUGGAGAGGAGGAGGAAGAUGAAUUCGCUGCUGAGCUAAAACCAAAAGCUGAAAAGGUUGAAGAACAAGAAGCGGUCAUAGAGGAAGAGGAGGAAGUAGAAGUUGAGAAGCAGCUUACCUUGGAAGAAUAUGUUCUCCGUGAUCCGCUCCUGUUUGGUGAUUACCGAAACGCGCUCGACGAAGAGGAGGUGCGCUAUUAUGAAGAUCUCUUGGAUUAUGAGGCGGUUUAUUUCCUUUUUCAAGAGAUCCUGGACGAGUACAACGAGCGCGUGGGCAAGAUGUCGGUGGUGCUGUUCGAGGACUGCCUCGAGCACCUGACGCGCGCGCACCGCAUCCUGCGCACGGACCGCGGCAACGCCAUGAUCAUCGGCGUCGGCGGAUCCGGCAAGAAGUCCAUCUGCCGCCUCGCCGCCUUCGCUGCCGGGUGUGAGAUGUUCGAAAUAACAGUGACGCGCAAUUACAAUGAGAACACGUUCAAAGACGAUAUGAAGCGGAUGUACAACCAGCUCGGCGUUGAUGGCAAACCCACUGUGUUCCUUUUCACCGCGGCUCAAAUAUUAGAAGAGGGUUUCUUGGAAUUUAUCAAUAACAUCCUUAUGAUCGGAAUGAUUCCUGCUCUUUUCGGUGACGAUGAGAAGGACGCCAUCAUUAAUGCUGUUAGAAACGAAAGCAGUGAAGCGGGAUACGGCGUUGCUAAGGACGCAGUAUGGAACUUCUUCUGCAACAAGUGCGCCAACAAUCUGCACGUGGUGCUAUCUAUGUCGCCCAGCGGAGAUAUAUUGAGAAAUAGGUGCCGAAGUUUUCCAGGCUUAGUUAACAACACCACCAUUGACUGGCAGUUCCCGUGGCCAAAGCAAGCGUUAUUAGCUGUGGCUAAUGUAUUUCUAGCGGAUGUGGAAAAAAUCCCGGAAGAGUUUCGUCCAAUCAUAGUAGAACACGUGGUUCACGUGCACAUGUCGGUAGCACGAUAUUCAGCGGAGUUCCUCUUGCGCCUGCGCAGGAACAACUAUGUCACGCCCAAACAUUACAUGGACUUCCUGACUAACUAUCUGUCGCUGCUGAAUGAGAAAGAUGCUUUUAUUGUUGCUCAGUGUGAACGUCUUAUUGGUGGUUUAGCAAAAAUAGAAGAAGCUAAUGUACAAUUGGAAGACUUGAAUGCUAAAUUGGCGGUGCAAAAGGUGAUUGUAGCGGAGCAAACUAAGGAAUGCGAAAUAUUACUGAAAGAGAUUUCAGUGGCCACGGAAGCAGCAGUAGCGAAACAGCAAGUGGCCGAAGUGAAGAGUGCAGAAAUAACAGAGCAAAGUAAAGUGAUAGCUGAAGAGAAGUCAGAAGCAGAGGAAGCGCUGUCUGCCGCAUUACCGGCGUUAGAAGCGGCUAGACUUGCUCUAGCUGAUUUAGAUAAGAAUGAUAUUACUGAAAUUAGAUCGUUUGCUACGCCGCCGGAAGCUGUGCAGGUUGUAUGCGAAUGUGUAGUUAUCAUACGUGGCAUCAAAGAUGUAAGCUGGAAAGGUGCUAAAGGGAUGAUGGCAGAUCCGAAUUUCUUGAGAAAUCUUCAAGAAAUGAACUGCGACCUGAUAACGCAGAACCAAGUGAAAGCUGUAAAGGCACACAUGAAAAAGAGCAAGAAAUUAGACACUAUGCAACAAAUUAGUAAAGCGGGAUACGGGCUUCUAAAAUUCGUAAUAGCUGUUCUCGGCUACUGCGCUGUAUACAAAGAAGUAAAACCCAAAAAGGACAAAGUGGAAUCUCUAGAGAAGGAAUACACAGAAGCGUGCAACUACCUCGCGUCGCUCAAUCGAGAAAUCGAUAGAUUGCAACGCACUCUGAACGGACUCAACACGAAAUAUGAAACUGCAAUGUUGAGAAGACAAGAACUACAAGAAGAAACGGAUAUUAUGAUGCGAAGAUUGGUUGCAGCCGAUAAGCUAAUGUCUGGUCUAUCGAGUGAACAGAAACGGUGGACUUUAGAUUUGGCAGCGUUAUACGUGGAACAAUCUAGAUUGAUCGGGAACUGUUUGCUUGCUUCUUCUUUCUUGAGUUACGCUGGACCAUUUUCAUUCUCGUUCCGACAAACUAUGAUUUAUGAGGACUGGUUGGGCGAUGUGCUUGAAAGGGGUAUACCGCUUACAAUGCCUUUUACGGUGGAGAGGAAUUUGACGAAUGAAGUUGAGAUUAGCGGAUGGAAUUCAGAAGGUCUCCCGCCAGAUGAGUUAUCAGUACAAAACGGCAUCUUAACAACCAGAGCAUCUCGAUUCCCGCUCUGUAUUGAUCCUCAAACACAAGCGUUAACUUGGAUCAAGAAGAAGGAGGCUAAAAAUAACUUGAAAGUCUUAUCCUUCAAUGAUCCUCAAUUCCUGCGACAUUUGGAGAUGGCCAUAAAAUACGGAAUGCCAGUUCUAUUCCAAGAUGUCAAUGAGUACAUUGAUCCAGUUGUUGAUAAUGUGCUUGAAAAAAAUAUCAAAGUGGAGAGCGGUCGCACGUUCGUGAUGCUGGGCAGCUCGGAGGUGGACUACGACCCGAACUUCCGCAUGUACCUCACCACCAAGCUCGCCAACCCGCAGUUCAACCCGGCGGCCUAUGCGAAGGCUGUUGUUAUCAAUUACACUGUAACCGUUCAGGGUCUAGAAGACCAGCUCCUCAGUGUCGUCGUACGAGCCGAAAGAGCCGAUCUAGAAGAGCAACGCGAGAGUCUAAUCAUAGAAACAAGCGCGAACAAAAGUUUGCUUUCGGGACUCGAGGACUCGCUGCUGCGUGAGCUAGCCACUUCCACUGGUAACAUGUUGGACAACGUGGAGCUGGUCAAUACGCUAGAGAAUACCAAGUCGAAAGCCGCUGAGGUAAUGGAGAAACUAGAGCUCGCAGAAGCAACAACGAAAGACAUAGAGAAAUUGAGAGAUGGCUACAGACCGGUUGCAAAACGCGGCUCCAUACUUUUCUUUGUCCUUUCUGAUAUGGCCGGCGUCAACACCAUGUAUCAGUACUCGCUGUCGUCAUAUUUGGAUGUAUUUUCCUUUUCGCUCCGUAAAGCGAUGCCAAAUGUUAUAUUGGUAAAGCGUCUCAAGAACAUUAUUGACAUGUUGACGAAAAAUGUUUAUGAUUAUGGAUGUACAGGUAUAUUCGAACGCCACAAGCUGUUAUUCUCGUUCCAAAUGGACAUAAAGCUGGAACAGAGCGAAGGCAACGUGAGCCAGAUGGAACUGGACUUCUUCAUCAAAGGGAACAUCUCGCUGGAGAAGGCGGCCAGAGCGUGCCCCGCCAGUUGGUUGCCGUCGCAGGGUUGGCAAGACAUCAUGAAACUGAGCAUAGACUUUCCAGAAACGUUCGGAGACUUGCCGGACAACAUUAGCAAUAAUCUUCAGGAAUGGCAGGAGUGGUUCGACAGCGACGCGCCCGAAUCAUCCGAGAUUCCCAACAAUUACCGUUCCCGCGUGAACCCGUUCUCACUCCUCAUGCUGCUGCGCUGCUUCCGCGUGGACCGCAUCUACCGCGCGCUCACCGACUACAUCACCGUCACUAUGGGCGAGGAAUACAUCACGCCGCCGGUCAUCAGCCUUGACAUGAUAUUCGAGCAAACCACGCCCUACACGCCGGUAGUGUUCAUCCUGAGCCCAGGCUCGGACCCGACGGCAGAUCUGAUGAAGCUCGCAGAUCGCUGCGGCUUUGGCGGCGGCAAGUUCAAGUAUCUCUCCCUUGGACAGGGGCAGGAGGGGGCUGCCCUAUCCCUGCUCGAAGGCGCAAUCUCCCACGGCCAAUGGCUGAUCCUGCAGAACUGCCACCUGCUGGUGUCGUUCCUGCGUGAGCUGGAGAAGCAGCUCGAGAUGAUGGAGAAGCCUCACCCGGAGUACAGACUCUGGCUCACCACGGAUCCCACGCCCACCUUCCCCAUUGGGAUACUGCAGAGGUCGUUGAAAGUGGUAACGGAACCACCGAACGGGCUCAAACUGAACUUACGGAACACGUACUUCAAGAUGCGUGCGCACGCGCUCGAUGAAUGCCCACAUCCGCAGUUUAAGAAACUUGUCUACGUUUUAGCUUUCUUUCACGCAGUUGUUCAGGAGCGUCGCAAGUACGACAAGAUCGGGUGGAACAUCGCGUACGACUUCAGCGAGUCGGACUUCGUGGUGUGCAUGCAGAUCCUGCAGUGCUACCUCGAGCGGUGCCAUGCUGCUGCCGGGCCCACGCCCUGGGCCACGCUCAAGUAUCUCUUUGGAGAGGUGAUGUACGGCGGUCGCGUGAUCGACGACUUCGACCGUCGCGUUGUAGGCACAUACAUGGAGGAGUACAUGGGCGAGUUCCUCUUCGACAAGUUUCAGCCGUUCCACUUCUACCGCGAUGCGCAUUGUGACUAUGUGAUACCGCCCGAUGGGGAACGGGAAGAAUAUAUUGAUUUCAUCGAUACUCUACCACUAGCGAACACACCAGAAGUGUUCGGUCUCCAUCCAAACGCCGAGAUUGGCUACUUCAGUCAAGCUGUCAGAGAAAUGUGGGGACAUUUGAUUGAAUUGCAACCACAAACCAGCGACAGCGGCGGCACGAUGAGCCGCGACGACUUCAUUGACAUGAUCGCUGUGGACAUCCUCAACAAGCUCCCCGCUGAGUAUGAGAUCUGGCGCGUGCGCAAACAGUUCGAGAUGAACAUGACGCCCUCCGCUGUAGUACUGCUGCAAGAGUUGGAGAGAUUCAACCGGCUCAUAGCGAAAAUGCGCAGCACCCUAUCCCUCCUCCGCAAAGCGCUAGCGGGCGAGAUCGGCAUGGACGCAGUGCUGGACAACGUGUCGUACAGCCUGUUCAACGGGCAGCUGCCGCUCGUGUGGCGCUCGCUCGCGCCCGCCACGCGCAAGGGGCUCGGCGGCUGGAUCGAGCACUUCACCGCGCGCGCGCAACAGUACACCGACUGGGCGACCAUGGAGGAGCCGAUAGUGAUCUGGCUGUCCGGUCUGCACAUCCCCGAGUCGUACCUGAUCGCGCACGUGCAGAUCGCGUGCCGGCUCUACACGUGGCCGCUCGACCGCUCCACGCAGUUCACCAGAGUCACCAAGUAUCUGGUGCCCGAUGAUAUUGAGGAGCGGCCUGUCACUGGUUGCUACGUGCGCGGUCUGUACCUAGAGGGCGCGCGGUGGGACGCGGCGGACGGCUGCCUGCGCCGCUCGCACCCCAAGGUGCUGGUCACCGAGCUGCCCAUCAUGUACAUCAUACCCAUCGAGUUCCACAAGCUCAAGCUGCAGAACACGCUACGCACGCCCGUAUACACCACCUCCCAACGGCGCGACGCGAUGGGCGUCGGGCUCGUGUUCGAAGCGGAUCUGUGGACGGCGGAGCACUACAGCCAUUGGGUGCUCCAAGGAGUCUGCCUUAUCAUGAACACCGAUUAAUUAUUAUUAUUAUAUUCCUACGUGCCUUAGAUAAUUAUUAAAAUAACUAAGUACAUUAGGUACACAAUGCUUUAAAAAAAUCCCAAAUAUGUCAAUAAAAUAUUCAAGUCAAAAGGCACAAACAGUAAAGAGAAGACAAGCUUAUUAUCAUUAUUUUAAGGUGUAUUCAUAAAAUGUAUCAAAAGCAUUAUAUUUUUACGUAAAAAAUCGACCUUAUUCGUAUGAGUUAGAGUCGAAUUUACAAACCACAGCAUUUUUGAGUACUCAGUUGUUAUUAAGUUGUUAGGUAUACGAAUUAAUAAUAAUAUGAUGUCACACCCAAGCUUCAUCAUAAGUAUUAUACAGUAAUUGUAAACAAACGUUCUUCUUAAAGUUAUUGAUAUCAUAAUAUUAUCAUAGUCUUAAUUUGUUAUUUAUAUUAUCUAAAAACCCAAACAUAAUUUUAUUUCUCUUACUGAUACCUUCUUGGAAAUAAUUUUAGUUGGAAAUGAUAUCUUAUCACAAGCUGUUUGUUUUGCAGAAAUAUUUUUAGUUUUUUAUAAGAUAAAUGUUAACUUUAAUUUAUUUAAUAAAGACUGAUUAAGCUUUA